ACAUCACAAACCUACCCCCUCGUGAUGUCAACACCUACCACUUGGUAAAACAUAUCCACCAAACCUAAGUUGCCAACAACUCUCAAAGUCCAAAGCUCUGUCUUUUUUAUAUGCUCUGCUCCCUCAAACCAAUCCCAGCUCUUGUUUAGUUCAAUAAGUAUUUCUUAUUUAUCAUACUUGUAUAUAAACCCCUUUCUCUUCUCCUUCUUUGUGUUCAUUUUUCAUCUUAGUUUUAACAAUGGAAGCAAAGCUCUUGGGAGUUGCCUCUCCUGCCAUUUUCUCCACCAAUUAUUCCUGUAUCUCCAAACCCAAUUCAUUUAAUCCUCGCCAGAGCUUUCAAAAUUGCAACUUUCGAUGUUUUAAUUCAGGGCAUUUCAAGAACUCCUCCUUUCAGCCUGUUCAUGCUUCUGCUGCUUCCAUAGGAUUGGAUGCUAAAAGGAGGAUUGAUGAGAGCGACUGUUAUACUUUAGACGGGAUAAGAAGUUCAUUGAUACGACAAGAAGAUAGCAUUAUAUUUAGCCUCGUGGAGAGAGCACAGUAUUGUUACAAUGCAGACACAUAUGAUCCAAAUGCCUUCUGGAAGGACGGAUUCCAAGGAUCUUUUGUUGAAUUUAUGCUUAGAGGAACUGAAGCGCUACAUGCUCAGGCUGGAAGAUAUAAGAGUCCAGAUGAGCAUCCUUUUUUCCCAGAGCACUUGCCCGAACCCAUAUUGCCACCUUUGCAGUAUCCGCAGGUUCUGCAUCCCAUCGCUGAAUCAAUAAAUAUCAACAAUAGGAUAUGGGAUAUGUAUAUUAAAAAUCUUGUUCCAAGAUUAGUCAAGGAAGGCGAAGAUGGAAACUGUGGAGCAACUGCAGUCUGUGACACAAUUUGCUUGCAGGCACUCUCAAAGAGAAUUCACUAUGGUAAAUUUGUAGCAGAAGCAAAGUUCCGAGCCUCGCCAGAUGCCUAUGAAACUGCUAUUAAAAAACAAGACAAGGCCCAGCUAAUGGACUUGCUAACGUACCCAGAGGUGGAAGAUGUAAUCGUUAGGAGAGUAGAGAUGAAAACCAGAACUUAUGCUCAAGAGGUGACUGACGAUGAUGCUGAGCCUGUGUACAAAAUUAAACCAAGCUUGGUUGCUGAUCUCUAUGGAACGUGGAUAAUGCCAUUAACUAAAGAGGUUCAAGUUGAAUAUUUAUUGAGACGUCUGGACUAAUAGAAUGGUUACUUUGAACAAAUGUCCAGCUAUACCAUGCAAUGGAGGGUGACAAACAGAAUCUUGAAUCCUGAUGUUGUGUUUGUAUAUAAUUUGUAGGAAAUCCUCCAGUCUUUCAUUGCAUUAAGUUAUUGUUUAAAAACUGAGUGCCUGCAGAUACAAAAAUAACAGUUCCUUUGCUUUAUGUCAUUUUGCUUUACAUGUAAACAAGAUGCAGUAUGCUGUGUGUUGAUGUAUGUAUUAUUGUAGUAGAGAUAUGUAAAGAAUUAGCAUUUUGUUGCUAA